AUGGUUUCUUUCUUCACGACGUCUCGGCAACAGUUGGGGGCUGAAUUUGAAGGUAAGAAGUUUCAUAAGAACUAUCUUGGAAAGGACGGCGUGAUCUCCUGGAUCUGCCAUUCCAAGACUUGCAACCGGAGGAUCAGGACGCAAGGCCCUUACGUUAUCGAAGUCUCCGGCACCGAACAUUCAAGUGAAUGCCUUGGUUUACCUGUAGAACAAUUAUAUGGUUCCGAUUCCGAUGAGUCGGAGAGUACAGAAGAAUAUUAUUUUGGCACCAGUUCGCGUGGUAACCCUGUACUGGUGCUGUCAGGACAUCGAUUUAAACUGAUGAAGGACAAGGGCAAGCGGAAAAGAUGGCUAUAUCUGAACCCUGUUUUCGCCCAAUCACAACGAGGCAAUCCAGUCAUCAUGAUCGUGGAAAGACUGAUAACAGAGCGAGGAGCUACUAUCUUAGUUGUGGCCGGCGAACACUUCUACAAGCAGAAAGUGCGAGGUCCGAGAACACGAUGGCACUGUUCUAAGAAGACCAGAAUGAAAUGUAAAGCGGCCAUCACGACGGUGGGUGACACCGUCAUAAGGACUUAUCUGCACCAUAGUCACGACGAGUACGGAAACCAGGUGCCACCACCACCUCGUUUGACAUUAUACAAAAAUAUACCUUAA